AUGGCGCUGAAGACGCCUACGCCGGUAGACGGCGAACGCGAGACGUGGGGCAAGAAGGUUGACUUCCUGCUCUCUGUGAUCGGGUUCGCCGUCGACCUCGCUAACGUGUGGCGCUUCCCAUAUCUCUGCUACAAGAAUGGUGGGGGGGCGUUCUUGGUACCAUACUGCAUAAUGUUGGUGGUGGGUGGGAUUCCACUCUUUUAUAUGGAAUUGGCACUGGGGCAGUUUCAUCGGAAAGGCGCCAUUACUUGCUGGGGCAGGCUCGUACCACUCUUAAAAGGAAUCGGAUAUGCGGUGGUGCUGAUAGCAUUUUACGUGGACUUCUAUUACAACGUAAUUAUUGCGUGGGCUCUUCGCUUCUUUUUCGCUUCCUUCACGACUAUGCUACCUUGGACUAACUGCAACAAUGAAUGGAACACUCCUUCCUGUCAGCCGUUUGAAGCGAACUGGGAAGCAAUGGCAGCCAACAAAUCUCAGAAAGGAAAUAACGAGUCAUCGGAUUCCAUGGCGUCUACCAAACCAUUUACAUCAGCAGCAUCGGAGUAUUUCAAUCGGGCUAUUCUUGAACUGCAAGGGAGUGAAGGUUUACACGAUCUGGGCGCUAUCAAGUGGGACAUGGCCUUGUGUUUGCUCGUUGUCUACAUCAUCUGUUAUUUCUCCCUUUGGAAAGGCAUCAGCACUUCUGGCAAAGUUGUUUGGUUUACUGCGUUAUUCCCGUAUGCCGUGUUGCUAAUUUUAUUAGUUCGUGGCGUCACUCUUCCCGGCUCAGCAACUGGCAUUCAAUACUAUCUUAAUCCAAAUUUUGAAGCAAUUACCCAACCACAGGUUUGGGUGGACGCUGCAACUCAAGUAUUCUUCUCCCUGGGCCCUGGAUUUGGUGUACUACUGGCCUAUGCUUCGUAUAAUAAGUAUCAUAAUAACGUUUAUAAAGACGCCCUACUGACUAGUGUGAUCAAUUCAUGCACUUCGUUCGUCGCUGGUUUCGUGAUAUUUAGCGUUCUGGGUUACAUGGCACACGCUUCUGGCAAAGACGUGAAGGACGUGGCGACUGAGGGACCCGGAUUGGUGUUCGUCGUUUACCCGGCGGCUAUAGCAACUAUGCCAGGGUCUACGUUCUGGGCGCUCAUUUUCUUUAUGAUGCUUCUAACAUUGGGACUUGAUAGCUCUUUUGGUGGUUCGGAAGCGAUAAUAACAGCUUUGAGUGACGAAUAUCCACCAAUCGGUCGCCAUCGAGAACUGUUUGUGGCGUGUCUCUUCACACUGUACUUCUUUGUUGGCUUGGCGUCAUGCACCAAGGGCGGAUUUUACUUCUUUCAACUUCUGGACCGAUACGCUGCCGGAUAUUCGAUGCUAGUGGCUGUAUUCUUUGAGGCCAUCGCGGUAUCUUGGAUUUAUGGGACGGAACGAUUCUGCGAGGACAUCCGCGAUAUGAUUGGCUUCCGUCCGGGCUUGUACUGGCGGGUGUGCUGGAGAUUCGCGGCGCCCGCUUUCCUGUUGUUCAUCACCGCAUACGGUCUCCUCGAUUACCAGCCGCUCGCUUACGAGGGAUAUGUAUACCCCGCUUGGGCUAAUGGACUCGGUUGGGCGAUUGCAGGCUCCAGCGUCAUUUGCAUACCUGUAGUCGCCAUUUACAAAAUUAUUACGACAAAAGGAAGCUUUGUUGAGCGAAUUCACAUCCUGACGACCCCUCUAGCGGACACGGAACGCAAUGAACGUAAUGCGGUUCACAACGGUAUGGUUGUAUCCGAGAGUGGCGGAGUGCGACUCACAUCCAACGCCGGUACUCCGACCUCUCCUACAGUUCCUACCGCAUCCACCGCCAAUGCACCUCUUCCACCCGGGCCUGCCCUUGUCUGA